CAAUGGGGGUGUUACUGCCUAGGUUGAGCAAUGUCACCAUGAUAUACGUAGACGCAGCAGUAUGUACAAACAGAAAUGACCAAGCCGGUAAAGCGGACAAGUAGGAUGAUGUAAAAAUAGAUUAAAGUGAACCUGCGCGUAGCGGUAUUACAACCAACACUGUUAGUCAUAAACAUGAGUCAAAAAUGCGAGUCAUCGAAUUACCCAAUGUUACUAAUCACGCGACUUUCACUUAAUGCCAAAAAAGGUCAUGCUUGUCAGUGUCCGAAUACGCACCUAGCAAAAGAGAACUAAUAAAAGUGGGUAAAAAUGCUUCAACUUUCAUUCGUGUCUUUACGUAUACGCGAUUACUCCAGAAGUAUUUGGAAAUAUAAUGGCACAAAAUAAAAAAUUUUUAUUAGCAAGUGGUAAGAUCUAUAACAUGUCUUCUGAUGAACGCAGGGAAGAGAAAGAUAGCGAUUGUGACGAGUUUUCAGAAGUUUUGGAAUAUCUUCCACAGUGUCAUUCUUUGACCUGGGCAGACGCUGAAUCGAGCGAGACACUUCCAGGGGCAUCAGCACGCUUACAGCAUCCAUCUGUUUUUGGUCCGGGACAAAUACCAAUUCAACCCCGUGAGAAAGAUACGCAUGUUAGCAGUGUUGCUAAUAAACGAAAGUUCACAAUUUCAGAACAUAUAGUACGGGCGCGAAAUGUUCUAACAGAGCUUUAUCCAAGAAUUCGCGGCAUAAGCUUGGUAGAGGCUGCAGCCGACCUGCUGACGAGUAGGGAGAAGGCGGUUUUUAGGAAAAAGCUCCAAGAAUCAGGCAUGGAAAAUGAGAACUUUCGAUACAAAGAAAUCUGCAAGUUGGCUGCGGUAAGUCAACGUUGCUUCGCACAAAUAAUGAAAAUCGACGAGCAGCUGCAGAAUGGGGAAAUGAAGAAGAGCACGUCUGCCCAAAAAAUUUCCCUAUCCACUUUCGAUUUUCUCCAAGGAGAGAAAGAGGACGAGCAGUAUCGUCUGUUGAGUGCAAUUGUGAAUGGCGAGGCAACGCUGAAGCACCUAAAUGCAGAAAAAAGGCAGCGGAGACGACGAGUAGCAACAGAACAGCCCUCAACAGCUACAACAUCUUCAUCUGCCGAGGGUGAUAUGGACGCCAUGACUUUUAAUUCAAAGCGCUGGAAAGCUUCCGAAUUUUCUGAACUAAAUGAUCAGGUCCGUCGAUUGAAAGGAUAUAUCAAGACAAUGAAGGCUGAGCUAAAUGACGCAGAAGAAGAGAUCAGAAAGAAUCAACGUACUAUUUUCAAUUUGGAGGAAGAGGUGACAAAUGUUUAUGAUGCCCUCAAAAGUAGAAGGACUCAUUUUGAUGAGUAUAGAAUUAAUGUCGAAAGGCGUUUACAAGCCAAAGACAAAACCAUAGCGGAACUCCAGUCUCAGCUCUCCAGCUUGACAGAAGACUGCAGUUCAAACCUGUUCAACAGCAGGCUAUUAGAGACAAAUGAGAUGUAUAAUUCAACUCCAGAGCCCAAAAAACUAGAAGAGGGCAACAGAAAAUAUACGAAAAGCGCUUUAAAGGCCCUACCUUUCACUGACAUCCUGGGAGAGAAUUCGGCAUCAACGGAUGCAAGCGAGAUGACGAGCAGGAAAAAGAAAUCUUUGGCUACUGUGUCUACGACAGCAAUAGAGGACGACUUCGAGGCUUACGUAGCUGGAUCGGCAGAACUCGAAAGUUCAUUCGCGGAGUCAGAAGGAGAUUUGUGUGAAGAAUCGGCUGCACAAGGUUUUGAGCUGCUACAGUCCCUGUCAUUUGACUAUGAAAGCGACUCAGAACCCUCAAAUGACCGAAAAGACAAAAUGAUCCUGAAACAUGAUGACUUUGUGGCGUACACCUGCCUUACAAACACCUUUUACCUUGGUCGUGUCGUUCUUGGUGUGCCUGAAGUAGCCGAGGACCAAGUAGCAGUUAUAUAUGCCACUGCAAGGCCCAACAAUAUGUUUGAUUUUAACAAAAAGAAAACUGAUGUAAUAAAAAAACAACAAAUUUUCAAGUGGGGCUCUGCACUAAAAACAGAGUUUGUCAAAUGUGGAGUGUGGAGGGUGGACAGAGCAUCACUUGAAAAGGACCAUCAAAUUGCGGUGAAGAUCCUUCGUGAAAAGGAUGAUUUUUCCCUAGAUUGAGUUGUCGUUUACAAUCAUCAAACCCAAGGGCCACUCAAAUUUACAACAAAAAUGUACGGAAAGGGUCAUUACAGCAAAGUUCAGCCCUUAAAUAUAGGUUUCUACGAGUUUCUUUCUACCAAAUGACAAAAAAUUAGCCGAUUAACAAAUUAUCUUUAUCUUUAAAUGGUUUUAUCAGUUUCGAGAAUGAAGAAAAGAUUAGAGUUGUUCAACCUAGUACCUAACAGAAUAAGAUUAGAUUUCUCAAAAUUUAUAUCAUCACAAUUUCUAUCGCGAAUGAAAAAAUUAUGCAAAAAAUUGCCAGUCGCAACAAGACACAGAAACAAAAAGUUUCUUGAAGUGAUAACACAGUAGCAAGAUAAAAAAGUAGUUCUAUUAUUUUAUCUUGGCGGUAGGGAUUAUUAAAGUUUCUAAAUUGCUCAGAACCUUUAUUAACAGGUUAGUUUUAGUGAGUUUUCUCAGUAGAAAUAUAAAAAAGCUGUCAUUUAAUUUCUGUAACGGUUACACCCAUCAACAUAGUACUUCUGCCCAAAUUAAAUGCUCGGCUCUUUUAACUAAGAUCGAAGACAACAGGCCCCUGAAAGAGUUUCUCAUCGUAAAUGCCGUAUCCCUUUCUGGCCUGCCCCCGAACUUUAAUCUUCUCUAACAAACGCGUACCAGUGUAUGACUGUUAUGUAAACAAUCUGGAUAAAACGGGUAUUCAAAGAAAGAAAAUAUUAAAUGUACCCCCAAUAAUUGUAAAGGUGUACUGUGUUUCCUUAUUUCCUAUACAGUACAUAAUAUUUUUAAUUAAUCAUUUCGCUACUUACAAAAAAUCCUGUCCCCGAGCCUCUAUUUUCGCUAUAAUUUCAACAUAAGUUGAAGAUAAAGAAUUCAACAUUGUAAAUCUGGUCGACGUUUGUUUUGAAAAAAACUUUAAUGGCUUGGCUGUCCGUUUUUGUCGAGCCCGGUUGUCGAGCGGUUUUACCGUAAGAUUUUAUGGAAUUUGUUAUGUAACUAGCUUUGUAUUUUAUCGUGUAGGCUUUUUGCUGUCAUUGGAAUCCGAUUGUCAACGAUUAUGAAAGUAGAGAAUGGUUUACUUUGUACAUUUGUACUAAUUUGAAACAAUGAUUAAAGCGCAGAGCUAGCA